GGAAGUUUAAAAAUAGAACAUUGAAUAUUUCCUCAACCUCCUAUCCUAUUUUCAACAAAUGGAAAUCUCCUUCCUUGUUAUUUAUCUUUAUUCCAUUUUGUUCAUCCUGCAAUAUUUCUUUCAAGAUAUCACAAAAACGACAUUUAUAGGGUCUCGUAUGACACACAUUCGAUCAAAUCUGAUGAUGUACUCUGUACAUACUUGUGUUGGACGUUGGCUAAACAAUAUUUCAUUAUCCAGUUAUCAGAAACAAACGCAACAAUGCCUUGAGAAAAUUACUAUACACGUACAUACCAGAGUAUAAAAAAAAGAAUCAAAGUUUUUAGAAACAAGUACUUACAUUAUUUCCAUGAUGAUUUCCAAACUAGUUUCAUUUCUUCUACUCUCAAAUUUCCUUGUACGUUUCGCUAUCUCUGAGCAUGUCGAUCGAAAAAAUCCUAUCGCACGCGACGAUUUACAAUCGACCGAUCCCAACACGUUCGUGUUGGUCAAUCCUAGACAAGUGCAUCGUUUGGAAACGGGAAUUGGAGAUUUUUUCUCGAAAAUAGGGAAGCCUAUAAGCAAACCGAUUGUAUUAAGAUCGGCGAAAGAGGCCGAUGUGUUGUCAACGAUUCGAGAAAUAUGCAAGAAUAUAAGGAAGAGCAUAAUUGAAUUCUUUAACGAUUUUGGAUUGAUCGAUACCACGGUUCAACUGUACGAGAAUAGGUCGAGAGAGGAUCCAUUGUCCGAUGAUUGGUAUUCCGAGGUGUUGCUGCAAAGCGUGUAUACAAUGCUGGACCUGGGAAAUAUGAUUAAUGAAAUUACAUCAUUGACCGAUAUAUUUAAUAAAAAUGGAAACGCGACUUCGAGAAGAAACGAGAGUCUGACGAGCGAAACAGUUUCGGACGGUUUCCAUUUCCUUGGCUCUGUGAACGACAUAUUGGAAUUCAUCAACAAACUGGCUCAAUGCUUUUUAGAAAUGAACACGAGAAACCAUAAAUGGUCUUCGAGCGUGAUUCGAACGGCUUUAAAUCUGAUGAGCCACGCGCCAAGACACGCCCUCAGAAAUAUAAAAUCGAAAGUAAACGACAGUUUGGUGAAGAGCGAUAUUCUCAGAUAUCGCGGCCCACAGAAACCGUGGCACGUUUCUUGCCUCGUGAUUAUAAACGAUAGAAUUAAAUACAAGGAUUGCAUCGAUGAAUUUCGACGUUUCGACGAGUGCAGCACGCGAUCGACGACAAGCGAGGCGUUGUCGUACGACAUCGACACGAGAUCGUGGACGAAGGCGAUUCGAUGUUUGAGCAAUUGCACGGCAGUGGAGGACGAGAACGGGGAGGAGGAGAUUUUCUGCAAAAAUGUUCGAAGAACGCCGAAGAAGAUGAAAAGGAAGGUGAGCUACGUGUUCGAGAGGAUCUUGGACAGGAAGAUAUCCAAAAGGACACCUUUUCAUCGCGCUGUCAACGAUCUUGGAGAAAUUUUGUCGAAAAGUAUUUGGGGACAAAGAUUCGUCGACGAAUUGUGCCAGUGCAUCAAUAUUUUCGAGGAUGGUAAAGAGAAGUUGAGGAAACUUUCAAAAUUCGCGGGCAAGGAUGAGAAAGCUGCGAUGAAGCACGAGGAGAUCUCGAGAGCUUUAAAGUCGUACAAAAAGGGGGCACUUUUGAGAACGUUCAGAACGAUCAACAAAUUGCAUCGAUCCGCCAUUGAUUUCGAAAAAUUCUUCGCGCAAGGGAUGAAAGAGACUUUGAAACAAACUUGGCAGAGCCAUGUUAACGUUUUAACACAUCUGAUGGACUGGAUGACCAAACUGUUGGAGCUUUACAGCGGCGAGAAUGGACACGAACCGAGCUCGUCAGAGAAGAGCACGUCGCAAGUCGAGUGGAAUAGCUACGAGAAUUCUGAAAAUACGCAAGAGUUUGCAACGCGUUCUAGAACAGAAAUGAUAAAAGAUGCGGACAACUCUAUGAAUAGCCUGGUGGAAUCGAUGAAUCAUUUAAACAGAUAUCGAGACGUGGACGACAACAGUAUGCUGGCUUCUGUGGCCAAUAAUCUUCUACUGAUCGUGAUAUUCAUCGAAACUCUAGGCUUCGUUUCUUCGUUGUACGCUCUUGGACAAACCCCGAAUGAAUAUGCUUCCUUGGAAAUCGAGUACAGAUGGAAUCGUGAACGUAGAUCCCUGUUUCCCUCUCAAUACGAUCAAAUUAUCGAUUUUCCAUCGCGUGAUCACCCUCUUUUUGCAUACGAUAAAAAUUCCACGUUACCAUUCUCGGAUGAAAAUGAUUGAUUUGAAUUUUGAAAUUGUUCGAGAAUUCAAUUUUAAUUUCAAUCGUGAAUAUUGUGGUAUAUAUGGUAUGGGUUCAUAAAAAUAAAUUAGUUGUAACAUUAAAAAUGUAUUUUGCGAAAUAAACGUGCCUCUUUUGAUCUCCAA